AUGCGUGGAAGCACCGAACUCGCCAAAGCGGUCGGUCUUCCGUCAGGGGCCAUUUUGUCCCUCCCCAAGGCUUUGCUGGAUCCGCGGCGGCCGGAAGUCCCCACAGAGCAAACAAGGGAAGAAAACUUGAUCCCGUAUUCCCCGGAUGUGCAAAUCCACGCCGAGAGGUUCAUCAACUACAAUCAGACUAUCUCGCGAAUGAGGGGCAUUUACACAGCCCCGUCGGGCCUGGAGUCCACUUGUCUGGUGGUGGCUUAUGGGUUAGACAUCUACCAGACCAGAGUCUAUCCCUCCAAACAGUUCGACGUCCUCAAAGACGAUUACGAUUACGUCUUGAUCAGCAGCGUGCUGUUCGGCCUGGUCUUUGCCACCAUGAUCACCAAGAGGCUGGCUCAGGUGAAGCUGCUGAACCGUGUCUGGCGGUAACGGUUGAGAGAUUCACACAGAUCCACCCUUGAGGGCGGACGGCCGAGUCUUCCCGGUGGGUUGCAGCCUCAUUUGAAAGGGGGGGGGGGUACUGCCCCUUUCCCCCCUUGAGGAAGAGAGAACUGUGGAACCGUGCUGCCUAUUGCCCACACACCCGUCUCCAAUUCACUGCGGAAAACGAGAGAUUCCAGAAACGGGGAAGGGUCUGUGAAAUUAAGCUGCUUUGAAAAAAUGUUUCUUCCCCACACCCUCUCCUCAUCCUUUGAUGCCUGCAACUGCUUUUGCUGUUGAACUUUCUACGACGACCAUUUCGACUCCUGAAGCCGUGAUAAAACAUUGUCAUCCUUUUUUUCUUCCCCUUGAAAUUUUAGCUGAUUUGAGGAAUCCACCCGAUUUUCUUCUUUCUGUCCUCUUUCUCGGAUUUUCAACAGAAGAAAAUGGCUGGUGCGGGGGGAGACAACGACAUGGGGGGGCAGUCUUUUGAGCAAAUGUGUGAAACAUAAGCUUAGAAAAUGCAGAAGAUGAAUUUGGGGAAAUGGAUAUAAACGGGGGGAAAAGAUGCCAAAGAUGGCUUCCAGGCCUGACAGACCUCUCCCCGGAUUUUCAAGGGCCAGCGAGAGCUCACUAGAUGCCACUGAAACUCCCUGUGUUACUCUCAUUGCAGGACACAAUCUUCUGAUCUAAGGGGGGAGAAGCCUGUCAGGCCUGGAAGCCGUCUUUGGCAAAAGACGGCUUCCAGGCCUGACAGUGAGCCUGUUCAAUCUUUAGUGUCCCUAGCAAAGAAUUCAAAAGAGAGAUGAGCCUGUCUUUUCCCUGCAUUGAAUUUUUAAACUUCUCUUUCUUAAUUGGCUCUUUUUUCUCUCUCCUUUGUCUUAUAGUUUCCUAAUUUAUAUUGAAAUUUUUUUGCUCAGUCCAGAUUUGGGUUAUGGGAGUCCUUGAAGCUCAUUGAAAAAAAAAGCAAGUUUGUCUUUCUAAAUGCAACAUUUUCCUGAAUGUGGUUUAUUUUUUUCACCUUAUGGCAAGCAAGUGGCUUGCUAAGAGUCAUCUGUCGGUUCAUUUAUAUUUAUUCUGAAGAGGGUUUUGGGUCGCGGUGGGCAGAGUCUAAAUCUGGAGUUUGCAGGGUAGAAAUUUCUGUUGGAAAAAUGUGAAGUCAAGACCUAUUCUCCCUGUAUCCAAAUCACGCACAGCAGAAAUAAAAUAAUAAUAACAACAGUG